CACUGAGAGGGGAGGGUGGUGAAUACUACAUCAAUGGGAAGCUCUCCAUCGAUCCCCCCCGGCGCUUUGACAUCGCUGGCACAACAUUCCACUACAGGAGAUCCCCAGAGGAGCCCGAGUCACUGGAGGCCUUGGGACCUACCAACAUCACCCUCUUUGUCAUGGUGCUUGUGAGGACGGAGCUGCAGGGGAUCCGGUACAAGUUCAACGCACCCAUUGGCAGAGAUGGCUCCAAUCAGUAUUCCUGGCACUACACCCCAUGGACCAAAUGCUCAGUGCUGUGUGCAGGGGGCAGCCAGAUCCAGUCUGUGGUAUGCAAGAAACUUUCCGAUGGCUCAAUCGUCUCCAACCAUUUCUGUAACUCUGAAACCAAACUAUCCGAGCGGCAGAGGUCGUGCAAUACCGAACCAUGUCCCCCAGCGUGGGUGAUUGGGAACUGGUCGGAAUGCAGCCGAAGCUGCAAUGAAGGCGUCCGCACACGCAGCGUCUUCUGCAAGCGUAAGAUCUCUGCCACUGAUGACAAGACCUUGGAUGAUGCUUCUUGCUCCCACCCACGGCCAAAAAUGCUUGAGCCAUGCAACAACCAGACGUGCCCUCCAGAGUGGGUUGCCCUGGACUGGUCAGAGUGCACCCCAAACUGUGGACCAGGCUUCCGCCACCGCAUCGUCCUCUGCAAGAGUGGUGACCACAGUGCAACUCUGCCCACCUCCCAGUGCCACGAGGGCUCCAAACCCCCCACCAGCAUGAGGUGCAACCUGCGGCGCUGCCCACCGCCCCGCUGGGUCACUGGCGAGUGGGGAGAGUGUUCUGCCCAGUGUGGCCUUGGCCAGCAAAGAAGAUCCGUCCAGUGCCUGGCUCACACUGGGCAGCCAUCCAGUGACUGUGUGGAGACCCUGCAGCCACCUGGAAUGCAGCAGUGUGAGACCAAGUGUGAGUCAGGACCUACAGACAACCCUGAAGAGUGCAAGGAUGUGAACAAGGUGGCCUACUGCCCACUCGUCCUGAAGUUCAAGUUCUGCAGCCGGACCUAUUUCCGACAGAUGUGCUGUAAAACAUGCCAGGGGCACUAG